AAACAUUUUUACGUCAACACGUGUGCAAGCUUGUAGCGUCAGUCCAGCUCGGUUCAGUACGUGAAUGUUUGCAUGCUCGCCGUUUGAAGGAGGAAAACACGGAGGGAUUUGACUUUUUUUUUUUUUUUACCACAUGCACGAGUGUUUUCCAACUAGGGUCUACCGAGCGAUGAGGACUCUCCUACGCAUCCACCGUGGAGAAGUAGGAGGAGGGCUGGGCUUCAUUUUGACCGUCUGACUGUGUGGAGGGGAUUGUGCAAAAGUUAUCCGAUAACAACAAUAUAAAAACAAAAGCUACUUUUUUGUAACACAGAUGCAACACGGGUUGGAUUUCUGAUUUAAGGAAUCAUGAUUUUGAGGAAAAUCCAAGCAGGAUCCUGCAGAGCAUGGCUGUCUCGGGUGUCAUUGAGGCAGGAGCAAUGUUUAUCCUCCUCUGUGCCCUCCCAGCCGGUGCCCCCUCUGGCCCAGACCCUGCAGGGCUACCUGAGGGCCCUGGAGCCCCUGUUGCCUCCCGAGGAGCUCAGCCACACCCGCAGGAUGGUGCAGGAGUUCAGCAGGCCCGGCGGCCUCGGCGCACAGCUGCAGGAGGGCCUGGAGAGGAGAGCCAGAACCACGAAGAACUGGAUCUCACCCUGGUGGGUGCAGUGGGCGUACCUGGAGAGCAGACAGCCGCUGCCGGUGCACUCGAACCCGGCCAUCUCUCUGCCCAGGAGAGAUUAUAAUGGCUGGAGGAGCCAGCUAGUGUUUGCAUCCAAACUGAUUGCAGCAGUUUUGGACUUCAAGGCCAAAAUCAACACCGGCCAGCUGCCGGUUGAGUACAUGCGAGGGAAGCCUCUGUGCAUGGAGCUCUACCCGCUCCUCUUCUCCUCCUGCAGGAUCCCGGGUCCCAAACACGACUACAUCGCCCACCACGGCCGCUCCCGACGCACGCCAACACACAUCACCGUCGUCAGGAACUACCAGUUCUUCCAGCUGGAGGUUUACAACAGCGACGGCUCUCGGAUGACGGAGAGUCAGAUCCACAGUCAGCUGCUAAGGAUCCGGUCUCAGUCCUGGAAGACGGACAAAGAGCCGAUGGGCAUCCUGACCAGCGAGCACCGCCACACCUGGGGACAGGCGUACAACCGCCUGCUGAAAGAUAAAUUAAACAAGGAAUCAGUGCGGCUGAUAGAGACGGGACUUUUCUCCUUGUGUCUGGAUUCUCCAGUCAUGAGGAUAUCAGAUGAGAAGUAUGCCAGCCGUAAGGCCGCACAGGUUCUGCACGGAGGUGGGACGUUCUCCAACAGUGGGAACCGCUGGUUUGAUAAAACGUUGCAGUUUGUGGUGGGUGAGGACGGCUCCUGGGGUCUUCUGUAUGAACAAGCCACAGCGGAGGGUCCGCCCAUAGCAACACUGCUGCAUCAUAUCCUAGAUUACUGUGAGAAACCAGACCCGAAGAGAGCCCCGCUGGUCCCUCUGCCGAUGCCCAAGAAGCUUUACUUUAACAUAGGCCGAGAAAUUAAGAGAGACAUAGAGCACGCCAAGCAGAACCUCGACAUACUGAUCAACGACCUCGACGUGAAUGUGUUCAACUUCAAGAGGUUUGGCAAGGAUCUUCCCAAGCAGCACAAGCUGAGUCCAAACUCCUUCAUCCAGGUCGCCCUGCAGCUCGCCUACUACAGGGUUCACAAUGAGGUCUGUCCUACCUGUGAUAUCGUCUCUCAGAGGAUGUUUCGAGGAGGAAGGACAGAAUAUAUCCGCUCACCCACAAAUCAGACACUCAAGUUCAUCCUUGCCUUUGAUGAUCCAUCUGUAUCGCGGGAAGCAAAGGUACAACUGUUCAGAGAAGCUGUUGAUGCUUAUGCAGCUCUGACUGAUCAGGCACUGAAGGGACACGGCAUUGAACGCCACCUGCUGGGCCUCAAGCUGCAGGCCAUCGAGGAAGGACUGAGCAUUCCCAAAAUCUUCAUGGAUACAGCCUACGGCCUGGCAACGCACUGGAAACUCAGAACGGGGCAGGUGCCUGCGAACACAGACAGCGUGAUGUGUUUCGGGCCGCUCGUUCCUGACGGUUACGCCAUUUGCUACAACCCGCAGGCAGACCACGUCCACUUCUCCAUCACGGCCUUCAACUGCUGCGAGGAGACACACGCAGAGACAUUAUCUCUCACCCUGAAGGACACCUUGUGUCAGCUACAGGAGCUACUGCAGCCUACUGUGUAGAGCUGCUCUGAUCCAACGGGAUGAACCCACUCUUCUAUACCUGGGGGGGAAAAAAACACUUUAUUUUCUUAAAACAACAUUUUGUAGAAGUCUUGAUAAGGCUUGUUUAUGACGUGGAUGUUUUCUUGUGCAUGCCAUGCAAUGCUUCAGUAGAGCGGUUAAAUCUGAGACCAUAUUGAAGACACAGUCUCUGAUGUGCUUUUGAUGCUUUUUUAAAGCUUUUGAUGAAGCCAUAAAUCGCUUUCCUUUUCUAGCAAGAGCUGAGCAAGCACACUGCAUUAUAGUCUCUACAAUGGGUACACUUGGAGGCAUCUAAUGCUGCAAUAUCUCUGGGUGAAAGCAAAACAAAGUUAAAGCCAGCCUGACACUAAGUCAUUAAUCAAAACAAGAACGUGUUUAAACUGACUGCACUCCUUUCAGAAGCCACAGGACGAGCAGCAGCCUUUAUUGAGAAUGAAUAUGUUUCAUGUGUUGCUCUGCCAUCAGAGUUUAAAUGUUUAUGGAAACCAUUGAUUUUGUAGGUCAACACGUCUGUUUGAAAUGGACCAAAAGCUAGAAAGCUGGUUUAUUAAUGGUGCAUGUAUGUAUUUACUGUGUUUUGAGAUGAGUGUGAAGAGGCUUUGGCCUUGAGGGGGUUGUGUUGUUCUGUUCUCAACCUGCAGGACUGGGUAAUAAAGCCGGCUGUCACAUGG